CCGGGUCUUCUUCCAUUGUAAACACACACACUUCAUUCACAAUUUGAAAAUACAAGAAACAUCUCAGCCGUCACAAAAUUCUCUUUACUUUCUUUCAAAAUCCUUUGAGAAAGAAGAAGAAGAAGGCUUAAAGAAGGAAGAAGUUGAAAUGGGUUCGAGUAGCAGUCGACCGGGGUUGAACCCAUCACAAGAGAGCCGACCCAAUCGGUUUUCCAGACUUUCUUCGUCUCUCUUCAUCUGGGGUAGCAGUCCUUCUCGUGCACCUGUUGAGAUGGAAGAUUAUCCCACUGAAAUCAUGGUGAAGUCUGCAGAACGACCUGACUCAGUUGCCAACAUGGUCCAAAGUCCCUUGGAGGAAUCUACUUCGGUAUGCGGUACUGAAACAAGGUUCUGGAGCACUGGUACUGAAACUGCAACUUCGUCUGAAAAUAAUAUCGAAGCCAGUGGGGAGCCGUCAAUUAAAGUUGGUUCAAGAGACGUGGAAACAAGUAAUUCUAGGAAAUGCUUGACUGAAAGUACGGAGAUGGUUGUUCCUCAGGUAAGCUCUGAUUAUAGUCAUGGUGAAUCUCAUAGGGAUAGUAGUACCUCAGCUAUCAUUUCCUUUAAAGAACAACAAUCUUCAGACCAUGUCUCAGUAAAUCUUUCAACUAAUGAGGAUGCAGUCAAUGGCUUUGAAAACAAGGGUCCAUCUCAGCUUUUUCCCGAGUCGAGUAUUUUGUCUUCUCAAAGGCCUGAAGAUUCACAUUUGCAUGGGACACCUGUUGUGAAUUGGUCCGGUGAAGUAACAACAGUUCAUAGCUUGGGUACUGAUUCUGCUCCUCGUGUGUCUGAACUUAUGACUUUUAACUCACUAGACGAUGAAUCCAUUCGAGAGAUGAUACCUUCUGGUUUAGGAUUUCUCCUAUCCAAUAGGGAACAAGGCCAGGGAGAUGCUGUGCUUCAUGUUGAUGUUGUGAGUAUAUCUUCCAAUAUUUUAUCUGGUCGCAGUGCUGAUGCAAGUAAUCGUGAAUCCGGGAGGAAUGGUAGAAGAUUGUUCUGGGAUGCAAUUUCGAGGCACAGUUCUAGAAGACAUCAUGAUUCCCCAUCCAUUUUCCCUGCAACGGGUGAUAGCAAUGAUACAUCACUUCAUGACAGAUGGCUCCUUAAUGUCAGUGGUGAUAUCUUUCACGAUGGGGCUGGAGGUGAUUCUGGUUACCUCAGCAGCAGUAGAAUUCACAGCUUGAAUGAACGAAGACAACACUCAAGAUCAGAGUCAAAUCUCUGCAAUUUGGCUCUUUUCCAGAUCUGGGAGAGGCUGCUUGGUGGGCAUGACGAAAAUAGUCUGCAAACUACAUUUUGUCCAUCUGGACUCCACCCUGAUGGCACAUGCUCCUGUGAUUCUCUCUUGAUGACUGACGAAUCUAGCACUCGUGCAAGCAUAUCACGCAUAGUUAUGCUUGCUGAGGCUUUAUUUGAGGUUUUGGAUGAAAUUCAUCAUCAACCAGUAUCACUUUCCCUAUCCAUGGUGUCAGUUCCAGCCCCAGAAUCCGUGGUUGAUUCUUUCCCCCUCAGAAAUCAUAAAAAGGUGUCUGCAUCUAAGGAUGGGAACGUGGUUGAACAGUGUCGUAUAUGCCUGUCUGAAUACGAGGAAGAGGAGAAAAUCCGAGUUCUACCUUGUCAGCACGAGUUUCACAUGUCUUGCGUCGAUAAAUGGCUUAAAGAGAUACAGGGGGUUUGCCCACUUUGCAGAGGUGAUGUCCGUCUGGGUGUGGACUUGCCGGUCUCGAACUCAGAGGUUCCCUCUCUUUGAAGAAACUGUAUAUGUGUGAAUUAGUACAAAAACAAUAAUGGAUCCGAAUGUUACAUGUUGUAUCGUUUAAGCACUUAUCAUGUAAAAUAUUUUUUCUUAUAAUGCGGCUUUGGCAUUGAGAAAAUAUGAUCUUUUUGACUUUGCAUUUUACUUCUUUGGCUACACCCUUU